CUGAAAUCACAAGCAUUCGGAUCGUUGCCCGGAGCCUUCUGACCUUGUCCACCGCAGUCCAACGCCGGCAUCUCCACAUCGUAGCUACCAAUCAAACAACUAUCAAUCCAAUGGUGUCGGCAAAUGGGCCCUGGGGCUAUAUAUAGCGCCUGAAACCGAUCCGUAUAGCAAAGUAUAGAAAUCAACAGCAUGAUGUUCUUAAUGCAGACGGCCUAGUGAAUUAAUAGGUAAUUCGAAAGACUAAGUUGAAAUUCAUUAAGAAAAUGGAAGAACCAGCGAUUUAUCAGCAGGUGGAAAGUGCCGAAAGACUGAAAAAAUUCAAAUACUAUUUCAACGAAAAAGGGCAACUGAGGCACAUUGAAACAAACGAGCCAUUUUUCUUUAAACAACACGGUAAUGCAACCAACUGGAACCACCAAUGGUACAAAGCCUUUGGGACAGCUCUGGCCGAAUACGUCUACGAACUAUUGGAGAAAGAAUGUCUGUUGAAACGAGUCUAUAUUCCCGUUGAUACAGCAAAAGAUGACGGAAAAAGUUUCUGUUUCAUGAGUGAAAGGGCUCUGACCAAUUCUUCCAAACUGAUUGUUCUGCUGCAAGACCGUGGAGUGAUGCGGGCUGGUACCUGGUCCCAGCAGUUGAUUCUGCACGAUUGCUUGGACACCGGCACUCAAAUCCCUUUUAUUAAGAAAGCUUUAAGCGAGCGGUAUGAAGUGAUCGUGUUAAAUUGUAAUGACAGCUUUAUGGCCGUUAAACAAGGCGAUGACGCUGAAAAGAAAAAGCAACUUGAUUCUGAUGAAAGGGAAUCAAAGCUUGAACAGACACCAGUCGGGGGUGUUGAAAGUGUUGAAGCGUACACCACCUACAUUUGGGACCAGUUUAUAUCAAAGUUUCCUGAUAGGAGUGUAGCUUUUAUAGCACAUGGCUACGGCGGGUUGCUAUUUGUGAAUCUCCUAAACGAACGUAGAGAUGUCAUGAGCAAAGUUUAUGCUGUGGCCUUCAUAAACUCUGCUCAUGAUGCAGAUCACCAAAACGUUGAGCAAGUUGGUCGGGAUUGGAUUGAGAAACAUUGCCGUAAUUGGUUGCUGAGCCCCAAACCUCUAGACAAACCUGUCCCCUCUUUAAGGAUGGGCUGCGCGCAGGUUUCUGCCGGCACUGAAAAGCAUGAUUUGGCACCCACAACUUGCUUUCACUCCAUCUUCAAGCACUUGAAGAAAGUUUCAAACAUGCAGAAUACUAACCGGAUCAUUCGAUCGCCAAUCGUUACAAGAAGUUUAAGUAAGAAAAACUAUAGAAAGCAAUAAAAAAUGUAGAUUUGUUUGCUGAACUUUGUCAAAUACAUCAAUGAUAUUUGGUAACUUGUAAUCAUGAACAGAAAGCACUCUACACCAGAAACGUGUUUCUCCAUUGAUGUUUUCUCUAGUGUAUUUUAAGCUUUCUAGCUACAGAUUAUUUUGCUUUAAGAAUGCUACGCAAUGACUUGUGCACUUAGGAACACUUGUGCCCAGGCUAAAUUUCAAGCUAACCAACGAAGAUUUUUACUUCGCGGUGAAUGUACAUUCGAGAGACGUGAUUUUUGCAGCGUUCUUCUGAUCGCUGAGAUUGUGCCUGUUGAUAUCUGUGGCCUAUUGCUAUAUACAGGAGCCUGAGUGGUGGGAAACCUAUUGAAAACAUCGAAUUUUCGAUCUUUUCAACACUACCCUCUACAAAGCAAUUAAAGCUUUCUAUAUUGCGACUUA